CAGUGAUUCUCAGAUGAAGUUGUGUCAGAUCACAUGGAAUGUUUUAAGGAUUUUUUGUCCUCUUUAAAUUUUUAUGAGUGCAUGUCGGCAGUAUGUAAUGAUUACAUUCACUGUGGGAUUUGUACAUAACACACCCUAAUUCCUGUGACUUCCACUCAGGACCUUUGAGAACACAGAUUCCUGGGCCCUGGCCCUUGGGUGAGACCUAAUGAUGAGUCUAGGGGAGGGGAGAAUUGUAAUUUCUAGCAGAUUACUAACUGCUGUGAGCGUGUGAGCCACUCUGAGGACCACUGGCCUGACGUGCUUGCUAAAAUCCCAGGAUAGUAGGGCUUGGUGGAGGUGCCUGUCACCUCAGCAGCAAGGAUGCUGAGGCAGCUGUGCUACGUAGUGAGUUCAUGGCUGCCUGAGGCCUUGUGUGAAAAAAAUCCUAGGCUACAGUUGGGUCUUGCAGAAGAAAUCUCAAGCAACAGCUAGAUCGGUUGGUAAGAUGCCCGCUAGCAUGUGUAAGGUUCGGGGUUUGAUCCCCAGCACCAUCAAAAACAGAUCUUACAUGUUACUUUUUUUUUUUAAGGUAGGAAUAUUUCUUAGGGAAUAGGAGAAGCUCCUGAGAGACAGGCGGGGCCAGAAUGGGUUGCCAAGACCUUAAGUUUUCUAGGCGCAACUCCAUGCUCAUGGUCAACGUGCUGGUGGUGGUCAGCGGCUGCCUCAUGGGCUUCUGCAAGAUGGCCAAGUCCGUGGAGAUGCUGAUCCUGGGCCGCUUGAUCACAGGCAUCUUCUGCGGGCUCUGCACGGGGUUCGUGCCCAUGUACAUCGGAGAGGUGUCUCCCACCAACCUGCAGGGUGCCUUUGGCGCCCUCCACCAGCUGGGCAUCGUCGUCGGGAUCCUGGUGGCGCAGUCCCCGAGACCCGAGGCAGGACUUUUGAGGAAAUCACGCGGACCUUCGAAGGGAGCUCUCGGGUCUCCGGGGGUCCUGGCUAGAUCCAGGCUCUGGAGCUGAAGAGCCUGCAGUGCCCCAGGACCCAGCUCAGCUGCUGGUAUCUGGGCCACCUCCGCCAGGACCGCGGACAGCGACCUCCCGCCUAGGGAAGCCCCCACCCUAGGAGCCCAGGACUGACUGCUCCAGCGCUGCCGCCCCUGUCUGUCUCACCCUCAGCAACAUUAAAUAUUUCCACAUGGAUUUCCUACUGUGAAUGUUACCAUGGUUCUUUGAUCUGAAAUAAAAUGCACAUAUC